GAAACGCGACAAAUCGAAACAAUUAUAAUUUAUUGUAUAUUGGGAAAAGAUUCAAUAGAGGAUAUCAAAGUGAUUUUUAAAGGACAACUUCUUGCAAAAAUAUGUAUGUUACUCGAAAUUUCUACUCCGGAACAUUGGAACCCUUGGCUACUACCGUCAGUUUUACCAAUAUCACGCAACUAUUGUAUAGUUCGCCGAAUUGGGACGCUCACGUGUGCGGCGCUUGUAUAAUUGUGAUUGCCUGUGUCCUGUUCAAUGUGUACCCACAGAAUCAUUAACAGCAAACGUUGUGAAAAGUGAUAGCUGUGAAAAGUGAAAGCUCCACUGUGAAAAUGAGUAGCAAGAAAAGUAAACUGAGGGAAAUAUAUGAAGUAGAGAGUAAACAUGGCCACUUUUUUACUGGUGGCAUAGUUCAGUGGACCAAGGAUGGCACAACUCUUCUUUGUCAAUGUGAUGGCAUAAUUAAUGUCUUGGAUAUUAGUAAAGGCGUGGUGACAUCAUCCAUUGGCAAACCAGAUCAAGAAGAAGUUGAAGACACAAUUUACAGUUUUGCUCUCAAUGGAAAAGUUGAAAAGUCUUGGAAGAGUGUUCAUAAAGGGCAUGUGGUGAGUCUUGCUUUUAACAAAAUGGACAACAUGGUAGUAAGUGGGGGGACUGAUGCAGGGGUGCGCUUGUGGGAUAUAAUCCGUCAUACCUGUGUUUGCAGUCUACGUGGAGCUCAAGGAGUGAUCAAUAUUGUGAAGUUUCAUCCAAAUGAAGAAGUUCCUCUGGUGUUUGCAUCUGGAGAUGAUUCUGUUAUCCGUGGUUGGGAUGUUAGUACUGGAAAAUUAGAAGUGGUAUUGUCUGGUCAUUACAGUAGAGUAACUGCAAUUGUUUUUCAUAGCAAUAAUAAACAUAUUGUGAGUCCAUUUGAAAACGGCAAGUUUGUUGCUACAGCUGGGGAGAAAGGUAUCAUUCGAGUUUGGGACAUGACAGAAGGACGUGAAGUGUAUGCUCAGCAGAAUUCUCUUGUGUCUAAUGCUCAAGCUGGAGGUUUCUCAAUCACUGAUCUUCUAUACUGUGUUGCAAGAAACAGUUUUGGUGUAGUCACCGCAGAUCAGAAUAUCAUUUUCCAUAAUAUAGAAACUUUUGAAUGUGAAAAACAGUUGGUGGGAUUCACAGAUGAAAUCCUUGACAUUGUGUUUGUUGGUGAAGGUAACUCUCAUUUGGCUGUCGCUACAAAUAGCAUUGAUAUAAAAUUGUAUGAUAUAGCAGAGAUGGGUUGUCAGCUGCUGAAAGGUCACACUGAUCUGGUUCUUGCUUUGGCUACUACACAGAGUAAUCCAAAUAUUCUCUUAUCAUGUGGAAAGGACAACAGUGUUCGAUUGUGGAUGAUGGAUAAAGAGAAUGUGAUGAAGAUUGUUAGUGUUGGAACACGACAUACGGCUUCAGUUGGGAGUGUUGCUAUAAGCAAUUUGACUACCUCAUUUUUCCUGUCAGUAAGUGAAGAUACGUGCAUCAAACUGUGGUCUCUUCCAAAGAACUUGCAAAAAGCUUCAUCAGAAGAUCUUGUUGUGACUAAUACUCAAAUUGCUCAUGAAAAAGAUAUAAACUGCGUGUGUGUAUCUCCAAAUGACAAAAUCGCUGCAACUGGAUCACAAGAUCGAACUGCUAAGUUGUGGUGUACAGAAUCCCUUGCCCUCCUUGGAGUACUUCGGGGGCAUAAGAGAGGUGUGUGGUGUGUGAGGUUUAAUUCUGUGGACCGUGUUCUCCUCAGCACUUCUGCUGAUUGUACAGUGAAGAUAUGGUCAUUAGAUGAUCUCUCAUGUCUGAAGACUCUUGAGGGCCACGAAGCAUCUGUGCUACGAGCAGAAUUUAUUACUCGUGGAUCUCAGAUACUGAGUGCUGGAGCUGAUGGUUUACUUAAAUUAUGGGUUAUCAAAACCAGUGAAUGUGUGGGAACGUUUGACGAACAUGAAGGUAAAAUUUGGACAAUGGCUGUUCAGAAUGAUGGAAAGGGCCUGAUAACUGGAGAUUCAGAUUCAAUGCUUGUCAAAUGGAAGGAUGUGACAAAAGAACGCCGAAUGGAAAAAUUGAAGCAAGAAGAGCAACUUCUGUUGCAAGAGCAAGAGCUGUCUAAUCUAUUACACAGUGAAGAACUAUUGUCUGCUUUAAAGUUAGCUUUAACUUUUGAUCGACCUCUCACAGUUCUCAGAAUAAUACAAUCUGUCAUGCAGAGAGGAGGAUCUGGUUUAGCAGAUACUAUCAAAGAACUGAAUAAUGAGCAGAAGGAGAAACUUCUAAAAUGUGCUGUUUCAUGGAACACCAACAGCAAAAACAGUCAGCCUGCACAGCUUGUUUUGUCUUCACUUUUGGAUGAUCUUUCAACUGGAAGAUUGAAACCUACAGACUUCAGUGCAGUGUUGGAAGGUGUAAUACCGUAUACUGAAAGGCACUUCAAACGUCUUACGAAGCUUUCUCAGGAUCUUUAUUUUCUGCAGUAUACACUGUCAUGUAUGAACAUUCAUUCCGAAAAAUCAACUAUUGCAACAGAAAGAACACUUAAAGGAGAAACAUCUAUGAAAUCGACAUGAACAUUUUUUCUAUUAUUUUGUUAAUUGUUUUUUAUAAAAACAUGUGGUUAUAAGAGAUUUGUCAUUGGAUGAAUUAGUGGUAUAUGUAUAUAGUAUGCAUGUAUGUGUGUAUUAUAUUUGUUUGUGUGUAAAUAUGUGUGAGUAUUGAAUACAAAAGAAUUGAUACAUAGAUGAUACAUGAAUAGAUUUUGAUUUUGAUUAAACAUGACCAGUUUGUUAUGUCUUCGUUCAGAUUGAGUGUGAAGUCACUAAGCGUAAAAUACUUUUACAAUUAUGUAUUGUCAUAAAAAAAUGUAAAAGGUGUUCUUUACCUUUUUUAAAUUUUUCUUAUAUGUGCUUACAUACAAAGUAAUAUGUGUAGUAUAGACAAAGUAAUGUAAUGCUGCAGAAAAUCUAUUUCAAAAUUCAACAGAAAUACAAGUUUGAAGGUUCAUGAAAAAGUGUUUUUUUGUUGUUUUGUUUAAAACAUCUGUCCGUGUGUGAACAUACUAGUGCCUUAGCCAUAUAUAAGGAUUAUUUCCAAAUUUGGAGGCUUUUUACUUGAAGUACCCCCAGAAGUUUUCUCAAAAAGGCUCAAAAUUUUUUCUUAAAUUUCUUGUUAAAAUAGAGUUAAAUACACUUAUAAAGGUGGUAUAGGUUUCAUUAUCACAAUUAACUCUGAAUUUUUGAACCUUGUAAAAUAUUGAAAACUUUUCAGCAUUUUCCUAUAACUACGAAUUGAAGAUAGAAGUUUCUCCUUCAAAUGAAAUUGUCAGUAGUUCAUUAUCAAUUAAUUCAUUUUUUUCAAAUUUUUAAUAGUUUUUGCAUAAUAUUUGCAAUUUUAAAAAAUUACAAAAAUAAGAUCUUGUCAAAAAAAAUGGCUCCAAAUUUUUUCUUUAAACUGUUGGGAGGGAUAGCGCUAAAUGCACUCUAUAAGAUGACAUAAGUGCCAUAUUGCUUUUU